AGAGUCAGAUCCAGAAAUUAAUAAUAAUUUUGAUUUGAAAGAAUCUAAUUCAUAUUGCUCUAAUUCAAAUAGUUUGGAAUAUUUUAUAUAUAAUUUAAAUACUAGUAAUAGUAAUUUUAAUCGAAAUAAUCUUAAUUCAGAAAGUUCUGGAUUUAUUACAGAAAACAAUUCAAAAAUGAUAAUUGUGCCAAAUGAUUACAGAAAACAAUUCAAAAAUGAUAAUUGUGCCAAAUGA